AUGGACCGAUCCGAGUCCCCUCCUCCUGCCCGACGACGAUGUCCGUCAUACGGGUGUUUGCAAGGACACUCUCAUCCAGUGCACGCGGGUGGAACGACCCAUGGCCACUCCCUCACACUACCACAGCACAUCGCAUCCACGACCACCCCUUCCGACGUCGCACCACCACAGCCCAUCCCACGUCCAAACGAAUCCAUAGACACCACCCGAGCCAGACUCGUGUACCAGUCGCGCAAACGGGGCACCCUCGAAAGCGACUUGCUCCUCAGCACGUUUGCGCGUGACCAUCUUCAUACCAUGUCCAUGCCAGAGCUGAGCGAAUACGACAAAUUGCUGGACGAAUCAGAUUGGGACAUUUACUACUGGGCAACUGGGAACCGCACACCUCCGGACCGGUGGGCGAGUUCACCCCUGCUACAAAAACUCAAGCUGCACGCCAAAAACGAGGGAAAGGUCGUGCGAUCCAUGCCUCCUCUGUCGUGA